AUGCAUCUAAAACAACAUUAUUUCUUGGGACAAGAUCCUUCCAAUAUACAUUUUGUCCGGGAACUUACGCAUUCUGAUGCCUCUUCAGUAUUUGAGAUAGAAGUAGAUGGAGAGACGGACGUGAUGAAGCUGUUUCACGAUAAUGGCGACCCUGGAUAUACGGAAAAGGGACGAGAUCUGAAUCGGUUUCGCUGUGAGCUGAAUGCGUACAAGAACCUUCAAAAAUUCGGCGUCUGUGAGCAGGGUUUCGUCCCAUACCUCUAUGGCCACAUCGAACGAGUCGAUCCAGCCGCCUUUCAGCCGGCUCUCCACCAUUUCGCACACGACGAGUUCAAACCUGUCAUCUAG